CUCAACAUGACAUCACGCACAGGUCCUAGAAGUGCUGGUACCAAUGGAAGUGACUUUAAACACAAAGAAAGGAUUGCCCCACACUACCAAAUGAGUGCUUCCCUGAAGUCAGAGGUGCGGAAGUUGAACUUGGUCCACCUUCUGAUUUGGCUGCUGAUUGCUGCACAGGUGAUUGUCAGCCACUUCAACUUGGUGUCACAUGACACGGUGUCCAUGCCGUACCAGUGGGAGUACCCCUACCUGCUCAGCGUCCUCCCUCUGGUCUGCAGCGGUCUGUCACUCCCAAAGAACAAUAUCAGUUACCUGGUUAUAUCCAUGAUCAGCGCAGGGCUGUUCACUGUGGCCCCACUUAUUUAUGGUGGAAUGGAGAUGUUUCCUGUCGCACAGCAGCUCUAUCGCCAUGGAAAGGCCUACCGCUUCAUUUUUGGCUUCUCUGCAGUGACUGUUAUGUACGUCAUAAUGGUAGUUGCUGUUCAGGUGCACGCCUGGCAGUUAUAUUACAUGAAAAAACUGUUAGACUCAUGGUUCAGUGCCACUGAGGAGAAGAAGAAGAAAUAAUGGAGGGAAAAAAGUUGUGACUGGGCAAAACUGUGUUUUUAUCUUAAUUUACAGAUGAGUUUGACACAGAAAAGAUAUGUAAGAUAAAGUAUGAUGUACAAUUUAUGCUGAAACCUGUUUUUUGCUUUUUAUUUUGUCACCAUUAUUGAUGAUAAGAUUCAAUCACAGUGCACCCUCUUCAUCACUGAGUCUGGACUGCUGCUUUGCCCCAAACAGAGAAAGAUGAUGAAGAUCAGGACAUUGUUGUCAUCUCUAUAAAAAUGCUGUCAUGAUUUGAACAGAAUAGUUAUAGAGGUGUUCAUACUCAUACAACAGAGUUAGGGCAUGAACUAUUCCACCAUAUACAGUCCUCUGCAAAAAUUUUAAGCCCUUUAGAUCUUUAGAUUUUUAUCCAUCAUGCAGUACCAUCUACCAUGUCUACAAAGUUGUUUUGAAAGCAUCCUAACUUUAGUUUUAAUGCCUAAAGUUCUUGCACAGCUCUGUACAGUUUGCAUAGAAAAUGCCGCUGUAUAUGUUAAAGGAAGUCAUUUGUUUUAGUUGCAGGUGUGCUAAUGUUCUCUGAUUCUCCUUCAUUUAGU